AUGUUUCACAGAUGUGAGCGAUACAGUGAAGCUGCAGAAGAACAAUAUAAGCAACAAGUUGGUGCAGGACCGGAUCAUGCGCUUGGUGCUAGUGAUCGACAUUUCAAUCCAGAAAUUUCGGAAACAUUAAAAGUAAUAAGAGCUGGUGAAAAUGAUACAUUUGGCCAACAUUUCAAUGAGAUGAUAGCGCAGGCGGAAAUUCCUCAUAUACCACCACCACAGGAACCAUAUUGGACGCAUACAGCACGUAGUCGAAGUGAACGAGCUCGUUCAGCAACACCUUCUGCUACACAACCUUAUUAUGCACCACAAUAUUCCACUUUACAACAUCCAAAAAAGCAAAGUGAAGAAAGAUCAACGAAACGAGGAUAUGAAUUUGGUGGAUUAGAUUACGUUGAUAGAUCACGUAUACCACAGGAUUCAUCAUCUUACAUCUACUACGGAGAUACUGCUCGAAGAUAUCAUGAUGAGCAUAAGAUAACUCCAGGAUAUGAAAUGGGUGGAAUGGAUUUCCGGAAGGAUGCAAUAGGAACAGAUGGUCCAUAUCAUGGUCAUGGACCGGAACAACGUCGUUUGCAUUCCAAAUUUGAUCAUAAUUUAUUGAAACGUGAUGAGAUGAAUAUUGAAGUGGCAUCCAAUGUUGAUCACGUUUCAGCUGAUAUCCUAGUUGGAGAUACGCGAUCAAAUCAACAUCUUGCUAAAAAUGAGCAACCGGAUCAUUGUUUUGGUACAUCAUUUGGACCACCUGCUGGUUUUACCCAUCAACAUCGUACCGUAAAUCGUCAGGAAGAAACAACGAAACCAAAAACAUUUAGUUUAUCAGCAAAAAUAGAUAAUUCUGCAUAUCGAAAAAGUAAUGCAUCAAGGAUACAUGAUAAAAACUCUAUUUCACCAUCUUAUCAUGCACCAUCAAUAGAUCUUGCUGGUUAUACAUCACAAGCAGUUACCAAUUAUUCAUCAAAUGAUAUUACUGGUAGACGUAUCGGUGAUACUGAUGGAAGUAGUACACCGUAUAGAAAGACAGAACAAACAUGGAUUCGACCACAAAGUAUGACACCAACAGAAAGAUACGAAUGGGCCAAUGAGAAUAUCGAGAAAGAGGUGACAAUUGAGACACUAUUGAACGAUAAAGCGCUAAUUGCUCAAAAGAGGUCGAUGACCCCGGAAUGGCAAUCAAAGUCAUUCGAAAAGCAUAAUCAUUGGAAGAACAGGUCGGACCCUCGCUUUACCCGCUCCCAGGUCCUGUAUUUGUUCCAUUCUUCCUGCUUCCGUUUCUGCUUUUAUCCUCUUCCAUCAUCCCAUUCUCCAAAUCCUUUUUCCAUCUUCAUCUAA